AUGCUCCUCACCAAGCUCAUCUCCGCCGCUCUCCUCCUCGCCCUUCCUGCAGCCGCGGCCACCGAGUCGCGCCAGCUCGACGCGCGCCUCAACGCCGCCGACCGCCGCGAGCUCCUCGUUCCUCAGCGCCGCGACGCGCCCGCUCGCCCCAAGGCCAAUGCCGCUCGCCAGGCGCCCGACAUGGUGACGACGUGCGGCACGCCCCAGUUCAAGGGCCAGCUCCAGGCGCUGCAGUGCACGCUUGGCUCGAACGGCGCCGGCAAGUUUGGCGACCUCCUCGGUACGCUCUCUACCACCGCGGGCGGGUGCAACUAUGUCUACCCGCUCGUCACGAAGGCCAUGACGGUGCUCGCGCCCCAGGACAGCGCGAUGACGCCUGAGCUUGUUGGCGACUUUACAUGCAACCCUGGUCUUCUGCAGCAGUAUUACUCGACCACCAAGGCGCUCCACCGCUCCGACUUCCUCAACCAGUCGGACCGCACGAUCGACCUCGCGUCCGUCACGGCCAUCUACUGGGUGGGCGGCAUGGCGUCGCUCUGGAUGGAGAUCCAGGGCACCACGACCGAGGCGGUGGUGCUCACCGUCGACAUCUCGACCGCGACUGGUACUGCGGUGAUCCUCAAGAACGCCUGGGGCCAGCCUGCGACGCUGGUUUAGGCGACGUUUUCACGAGCCAAGCUUCACGACGCCUAGCGACGACAAGACAUCCGCCGUGCGAUACGGACACUGGGCCCAGCCCUGGACACUUUCGUA